AAGGUGGAUCUUUUUGCCCAGGCCCGUGAGGCCCUCUCUGAUUGCUUCCUAUUGGACGUCAAGGAGGCCAGCCCUAGGGUUCCGACGCUUCCUGUCGGUUUGGUCGCCUUUCCCUCGAAGUCGACGGAUGCCGCAGGAAGCACAAGAAGUCUCAUGGGGACUACGGGGAGAAGCCCUUGGGGCACGGACACCCUCCAGCAGCUACUAACAUGUGGGACGAGACCGAGGCGUACUUCCAUCCAGUCACUCUGGCGGACAUCGAUGCCUUGGUUCCUAAGCUUUCGUUCGGCUCGAGUGCACUUGCUUCUUGCCUCACCAUUCCCGUCUCUAGAAAUGUUGCCGGAGUGAACAAAGAUGAUGUCCUGGAUGCAGCCACAGUUGAAGCGAGUCCAAGCUUUCGGAUUGUAAAGAAAGAUGUGGUGGAGGGGGAGCAGAGGGCAGAGCAGGUGGCAGAGGAGCAAGCAUUGGAAAUUGACGAAGUUGGAGCAGGUACUGAUUCAUCUCUGGAUAAAGAACAAGAUGACCAUGCAUCUUUAAAUGGGCUUUUGUGUUCAAAGAAGAGGUUAAUUCUCACAUCUGAGCGGCCUAACAAGAAACGAAAGCUCUUGGGUGGAGAUGCUGGUGGAACGGCUGUUGGCGGAACGACCGUUGAUACUUCCUCGGUAGAUGCCCGGGCUUGUAUAUCAACAUAGAAUUGGCUUUUGGAUGGGUGGAGAUGCUGGUGGAACGACUGCUGAUAGAUGCCCGGGCUUGUAUUUGUUUAAGGGUUUGGGUUUACUUGUAUAUCUGAUUAUAUUGGUGUUAACAUAGAGCAAACGAUAUCAACAUAGUAAUUUAAUUUAUGCCUUGAAAAAA